GAGUGAGAAGAUACGACUUAUAUAAAAAUAAAAACGAGAAUAAAAGUAAAAUGUUAUCAUAGACAGAGUAGAAGAAGAAGAAGAAGAUCAACCGCAUCGGCAGAAACAACAUGAACAACAAUUUCUAUAAUAUUAUUAUUAUCUCAUCCACUUGAAACCCUGAUUCACUCCUUUCUCGAUCUAUCCGUUAUUGCAAAAUGGAUGGGAACAAAGACGAUGCAUUGAAAUCAUUGAAAAUCGGUAAAGAAGCUUUGGAAAAAGGCGAUCGUAAUCGCGCUUUGAAGUUUCUCAACAAAGCUCGCCGUCUCGACCCGACUCUUCCGAUCGAUGAUCUGUUGUCCACUGUAAACAGCGAUGCAGGUGAUCAUGCCACAUCAGCUGAGGAGCCGGCGAAGAAUUCAUCCGAUCAGCCUUCAAUUCGUCGAAGGGCUGGCUCCGCUCCGGUGCCAGGGCCUUCGUCUUCGUCCUCAGUGUCUUAUACUGAGGAGCAAGUUUCAAUUAUAAGGGAAAUUAAGAGGAAGAAGAAUUAUUAUGAUAUUUUAGGGGUGGAGAAGAGUUGUACUGUCGAUGAUGUGCGAAAAUCGUAUAGGAAGCUGUCUUUGAAGGUUCAUCCGGAUAAGAACAAAGCUCCUGGAGCCGAGGAAGCGUUUAAGUUGGUGUCUAAGGCUUUUCAGUGUCUUAGUAAUGAGGAGAGUAAGAGGAAGUAUGAUGUUUCCGGAGAAGAUGAAGUGGUUUAUGAAAGGCGCGCUGCUGCGAGACCGGCUAGGGGAUUUAAUGGUUACUAUGAGGCUGAUGUUGAUGCUGAAGAGAUAUUUAGGAAUUUCUUCUUUGGAGGAAUGGGAGGAAUGGCGCCUGCUGGGAAUUUCGGUGGGUUUAGUUUUGGUGGACCGGGGAUGGCACAUAGACAGGCUGCUGCUGAUAAUGGUUCCGGUGGAUUCAAUGUUCGUGCUUUGAUUCAGUUACUUCCGGUGCUUCUCAUUUUGCUUAUUAACUUUUUGCCUUCGUCGGAUCCGGUUUAUGUUCUUUCGCAGAACUAUCCUUAUGAACACCGGCUUACCACACCUAAGAAUGUUAACUAUUAUGUUAAGUCUACGAAGUUUGAACAAGAUUAUCCGUUGGGAAGCCGUGAACGAGCUACUAUUGAGGAAAGGGUCGAGAGGGAAUAUUUUGGUAUUCUUCGCCAGAAUUGUCAGUUUGAGAUGCAGCGGCGCCAAUGGGGAUAUAUCAGGGAAACGCCUCACUGUGAUAUGCUUCGGAAGUUUGAUUCGGUCCGUUGAUAUGAGUUUGAAACAAGGUUUAAUUUUAUUAUUGUCUUGCUUUUUGGUUUUUUUGAUGUAGAUGCAGAGCUAAACUGCGUGUGAUAAUAUUAUAGAAUGUACAACUUAUUUUUUCACUCAGUAAUUAGUGAAGCAAUUACAAAUAAAUCACUUUGUUGGAAUUAUUAGCA